GCUUCUUUUUCUCUCAACUCCCCAGUCAAUUGUUCAAAAAUAAUUCUGUAUAUAAAAAUAACAAAUUAAGCAUUUUUCCAACUGUAGAGACCUGUCAUAGCCAAGGCAUUUCCUAAGUCUCUUGGGGAAGUCCUAGAUUGCUAGGUCUGCUUGUGCUGAACUUUGGGCACAGAGUAGACAGAGCCAUGGAUGACAAUUUAGAGCAAGGGUUUCUUGCACAGCCACAAGAAGAAGACAAGACUGAUCUGAAAAGAAGAGUUUGGAUUGAAACAAAGACAAUAUGGAGGGUUGCUUUCCCAGGAAUGUUAUCCAGGGUCACUUCUUUCGGGAUGAUUGUUGUGACACAGUCAUUUCUUGGUCACAUUGGCGAAGUUGAGCUUGCCACUUAUGCCCUCGUUCAAAGCGUUUUUGUACGGUUUAUCAAUGGUAUACUGAUUGGCAUGUCGAGUGCAACUGAAACUCUAUGCGGGCAAGCAUUUGGAGCAGGGCAGUACCACAUGAUGGGAAUAUACCUGCAACGGUCAUGGAUUGUUGAUGGUAUUACCGCGACGAUAUUACUCCCUGUAUUCUUUUUGGCUACACCAAUUUUCAAACUACUUGGGCAGGAAGACAAGAUUGCGGAUGCAGCUGGACCAAUUUCUCUAUGGUUUAUUCCCAUGCUUUAUUACAUGGUUUUUGGACUCACCAUCCAAAUGUACCUCCAGGCGCAGCUCAAGAACUUGAUUGUUGGUUGUCUAAGUGCUGCUGCAUUUGUUCUUCACUUGUUACUGUCAUGGAUCUUUGUCUACAAACUUAACUGGGGGGUUGCUGGGGCAAUGGUUUCCUUGAAUUUAUGUAAUUGGGCAAUGGUUUUCGGAGAGUUUGUGUUCAUCUUUGGAGGUUGGUGCCCCAAUACAUGGAAAGGAUUCUCCAAAGCUGCCUUCUAUGAUCUAUUGCCUAUAGUAAAGCUCUCCUUGGCCUCUGGGGUUAUGAUAUGCUUAGAGUUGUGGUACAAUGCCAUUCUUGUCUUGCUGGCUGGAUACAUGAAAAAUGCAACCGUUGCCAUUGCUGCUUUCUCCAUCUGCCUAAAUGUCAAUGCAUGGGAAUUCAUGAUCUGCCUUGGCUUGUUUGGUGCAUCAAUAGUGCGGGUUGCGAAUGAAUUAGGGAGAGGAAAAGCCAAGGCAGUGAAAUUUGCAAUAAAAACGAUUAUGAGUACAUCAAUCUGCAUUGGACUGGUGUUCUUUGUUUUGUGCUUAGUAUUUGGGCGUCAAAUUUCCUACAUGUUUACCAGUAAUGAACAAGUUGCAGAAGUUAUGUCAAGCCUCUCAACUCUUCUUGCCAUCUCAAUCUUGUUCAACAGCAUUCAACCAGUGCUAACAGGUGUAGCAAUUGGUUCUGGUUUUCAAAGUAUGGUUGCAUUUGUGAACUUGGGGUGUUAUUAUGCCGUAGGAUUGCCUCUUGGAGCUGUGCUUGGAUACGUGCUACAUCUUGAAGUUACAGGUCUAUGGAUUGGACUGCUGGGUGGAGUAGCAUUACAAACGUUCAUUCUUGCUUUCAUUGUGUGGAGAACGGAUUGGGAUGAGCAGGUAAAGAAGGCAUCUGAACGUCUGAAUCGUUGGCUUAUAAAACCAGAAGAGGAAGAUAAUCAAAGCCCACCUCAAGCUUAAGAUCAAUCCAACAACACUUGUAGUUGCUUUAUUGAGGAAUUUUUGUUUUGUUUUCUUUUAUGGUCGUUAGAAUAAUGUUAAUUUCAUGUUUGGCUUUAGGUAAGAUACUCAAUUUUCGAUUUCUAAAAUUUUAAUGCCUUGGUCACGCAAUCCAAUAAGAUUGGGGUUGAUCAUUGAGUGUCUAUUAA